AUGCCGGCUCCCACGGAAAGGGUUGCCAUGCACCCACUCGCCAUGGAAGACGUCUCUCCGUCCAGACCUCGCAGGGCUGCUCAGGCGUGUGCAUUUUGUCGGCGCAGGAAGCUCCGAUGCAAUAACGAGAAACCGACCUGCUCCAACUGCAAGGGAUAUGCAAAGGAAUGCGUCUACACGACGAGGUCCGAAAAACCUAGGUAUGAUGUCAUUUGUCCAGAAAAGAGGUCACCACUUAUCGUUCCAAGGCCAUCCAAGGCCCGCAUAGCGCGUCUUGAAGCAGAAAACCAGCAUCUCCGUCAACGAAUAUCGGGAAAUGGGAGAGGACUCACAGCGGCCAGUCCCAGCCAGAACGAUGAGACGCAAGAGUCGCCGGCAAAAUCACCAGAUACAGCGCAUCCGCAGUCGGCCGUGUCGCGCAUUUUCAUCUCACCCAAUGGCGACUCGAGCUACCAUGGACUCACCAGUACUCUGUUCGACGAUGCGCCCACCGACCGACAUGGUCAGACCCGAGCGGAUCCACAAGCUCCUGUGGAGCAUAUUCGCAAGCGCCUGAUGGGAGAAGCGGCCUAUCAACGGCAGCUGGAGAUGUUGAAUCUGCGGCAAGGCAAGUUGGACUUUGAUGGCGUUGAUCCGGAGCUGGGGAUGCAUUUGCUGUCGCUACAUUGGAACCGGCAACACCAUUCCUUCCUCAUCACCUAUCGCCCAGCAUUCAUGCGUGAUAUGGCCACCAAUGGCCCAUACUUUUCCAAGCUGCUGUUAAACGCGAUUUACUUUGGAGCAUCCAAAUUUAGCAACCGUCCCGAGGUCCGAAGCGACCCUGAUGAUGUCCGGACGGCAGGAUGGACUUUUCGGAUGCGAGUCAAAGAGCUACUUGGCAGUGCCCUUGAUCGCAGCGAAAUCACCACCAUCCAGGCGCUGCUAGUCAUGACCAGCUCUCUGUUUGCCCUGGGCGAUGAACGCAGCGCAGCUUGGCUGUAUGCUGGCACCGCAUUUCGAAUGAUUAUCGACCUGGGCAUGCAUGUGGAUGCGACCAUGCUCACCAACAUGCGCAGACUUUCCGAUGAGGAUUUGGAAAUCCGUCGGCGUGUCUUCUGGGGGGCAUUUGUCGUCGACAAAAUCCAGUCCUUGUAUCAAGGCCGCCCUGCCAGUUUGCAGGAUUUCGACACCAAGGUCUCCCUGACUUUUCUGGAUCAUUACGAGGAGCUCGAGCAUUGGCAGCCAUUUGCUUAUUCGGAUGUGCAGUCAUACCCAGGGUCACCUGCGUACAGUGUCUCAACCUUUACCGAACUCUGCAAGCUAUCCCUGGUCCUGAAUGGGAUCCUGAAUAAGGUAUACUCAGAACGGAGCUCGAAUCGAUCGCCACAGGACCUCAUUGCUACUCUCAAUACAUUGGAUCUCCAGAUCAAGAGUUGGCACGAUGCACUUCCUGAUCACCUCCGGUUUGACCCGGCACAGACUACGCCGCCACCCCAUGUGGUCUCCCUCCUGGCCCUGUACAAUGUACUGCUUAUUCUCCUCCACCGACCCUUUGUGGCUGAAGGACAUCUCCAUACAACAGACCCAUCAGUCGCCAUUAGCUCCUUUACGACUUGUACUGCGGCAGCAGCCCGGAUCAUUCAGCUACUUCAAGCCUAUGACCAGACCUUCUCGAUCCGACGAGCGCCAUAUCUGAUUUCGUAUGCCACGUAUGUCGCAGCCACGAUCUAUGUGCGCGUGGCCGCGCAACGAGAAGGGGGCAGUCGAGCCCAUGCCAGUCUCUGGACGUGUAUCAACAUCUUCCAGAAGAACCAGGAGACCAACUGGGCUGUGCGGCGUGCCAAAAAUGUUAUUCUUCAUUUGAUGGAGCGUAUGGGCGUGGACUUGAGCCAGCCGCAUGAUGGAUCUGGGUCCGCCCAUGUGCCCGAUGGAAGCGCAGGUCUGCCCAAGGACCUGGGGUCUUUGAGUGAUACUCAAGCUACGAGAUUCGCAAAUAGUGGUGGUUUGACCCCUCCUGAGACAGAAGCGUUUGAGUUGGAUAUGGACAUGAUCAUUCAAAGCUUUAUUCGGCAACACACGAGAGAAAGCCUGCCGUCGUAUGAGCCCGUGGACAACCCGUUCCCGGGCUCUGCGGCUGUGCCCUUUGGGACUCAGGGCUCUUUGGCUACGGCCAUGCUGCCAAUUUAUGAUGAAUCAUAUUUGGACGCACGAUUCGACGAUGAUAUGUUGUUUGGGUUUAAUGGUUCGCUGCAGGACAGUGUGCUAUACAAUUGA